AUGGAGGGAAUGAAUCAGUUUCAGUUAGUUGAUUUUGAUGAUGUAAGCAGUUCCUGCCUUACAGCGUGUGGUCUGCCCAACCGGCGGGCCAGGGUCGUGGGGGGUAACUACGCUGAGUUUAACGAGUACCCGUGGAUGGUCACCCUCAUGUACAAGAACCACUUCUACUGCGGUGGUACGCUCAUCAGCGAUAGAUAUGUCCUCACCGCCGCUCACUGCAUUAGAGGAGUGAGCGUGCACAGCCUGCAGGUGAUGGUGGGUGACCACAUCCGCAGUUUUCCCAUAGAGACCAACAGCAAGGAGUACAGAGUCGUCUACGCUAUCUACCACCCGCACUUCAACCAUACCACCUAUAACAACGACAUUGCCCUCAUCAAACUCAACCACAAGGUUGAAUACAAGUGGUACUCACGCCCAGCCUGUCUCCCUCUGCCCGAUAGUGACUAUGUGGGAGAGCUAGGUGUGGUGACUGGGUGGGGUCGGGUGGGUGAGAAGGGCGACCCUACUGACACCUUGAAGGAGGCUCUUCUUCCCAUCUUCUCCAACCCUGUGUGCCGAGCCCUCCGCUACCACCCCCAUGAAAUCACCGACAACAUGAUGUGUGCAGGUUAUGUCCACGGGGGAACAGACUCCUGCCAUGGUGACAGUGGAGGUGGCCUACUCUGGCAGGGAAACGAUGGCAAAAUGGAUGUGAUAGGUGUGGUAUCAUGGGGUGAUGGGUGUGGGCGGAGGGGCUACCCUGGCGUCUACACACGAGUCACCAACUACCUCUCCUGGAUCGAGGAACAUACCAAGGACAGCUGCUAUUGCGGCAGAAGGCGUGGGAGAUCUUGAUGAAGAUUUACUUGCUAAAAAAUUAUGGAUGAUUAUACCAUAUAAUGUACAUAAAAUAUUGAUAUGGUAUGUUUAUGAAGAAAUGUAAGGAUAGUUAUAUAUUGAAAAGACUUCAGUAUGAAUAGUUUGUACAAACGUCCGUAUGAAGUUUAUACUGCAAACAUAUUCAUUCAGGUGUUAGAAAUUAAAAAACAUUCACACACAGUAUUAAUAGCUAAAUAUUAUGUUUAUACUUCAAUAGUUGUGAUUACAUGAAUAUAAGACAGUAUAUAAUUAUCAUCAUAUCGCUGAAUUGUUGUAUGAAUGAUGGUGAAUGUGUCUCCUUUACCCUACCUUGGUGAGACAGCUGAAGAUAUAAAAAAAAAAGCACUGGAAUACUCAGUAUUCACAUGUUCUUGUUUUUUCACACGUCAGCUGUCUCCCACCGAGGCAGGGUGACCCAAAAAAGAAAGAAGCACUUUCACCAUCAUUCAACACUGUCACCAUCAUUCACACUUAAUCACUGUCUUUGCAGAGGCACCCAAAUAUGAUAGUUUAGAUGUCACUCCAAACAGCCAAUAUUCCAAACACCUCCUUUCAAGUGCAGCAUUUGUACAUAUUAUAUACUUAUACUGAGCUAUGUAUAGAAAGAGGUUUGGUAAUAAGUAAUACAUAUUUUAUGAAAAAGAGGAUAAGUAUACAAGGUAUGAUACUGCACGUAAUGAAAGUAGUUUGUUAGAUUAUAUAUUGGUGGAUAAAAGGUUGAUGGGUAGGCUUCAGGAUGUACAUGUUUAUAUAGGGGCAACGGAUAUAUUGGAUCAUUAUUUAGUUGUAGCUACAGUUAAGAGUAAGAGGUAGAUGGGACAAAAGGAAAAUGUCAACAGCAAGUAAGAGAGAGGUGAAAGUAUAUAAACUAAGGGAGGAGGAAGUUAGGCUGAGAUAUAAGCAAUUAUUGGCAGAAAGGUGGGCUAAUGCAUGUAUGAGUAGUGGGGGGGUUGAAGAGAGUUGGGAUACUUUUAAAAAUGCAUUAUUAGAAUGUGGGGCAGAAGUUUGUGGCUAUAGGGGGGUGGGUGCAGGAGGAAAGAGGAGUGACUGGUGGAAUAAUGAAGUAAAGGGUGUGAUAAAAGAGAAAGAGGUAACUUAUGAGAGGUUUUUACAAAACAGAAGUGUUAUAAGAAGAGCAGAGUAUAUAGAGAGUAAAAGGAAGGUGAAGAAAGUGGUGAAAGAGUGCAAAAGGAAUGCAGAUGAUACGGUGGGAGAGGCAUUGUCAAGAAAUUUUGAAGAAAAUAAGAAAAAAUUUUGGAGUGAAAUAAACAAGCUAAGAAAGCCUAGGGAAUGAAUGGAUUUGUCAGUUAAAAACAGAGUAGGGGAGUUAGUAGAUGGGAAGCUGGAGGUAUUGGGUAGAUGGCGGGAAUAUUUUGAGGAACUUUUAAAUGUCGAUAAAGAAAGGGAGGCGGUAAUUUCAUGCACUGGCCAGGGAAGUAUCACAUCUUUUAGGAGUGAAGAGCAGAAUGUGAGUGUGGGGGAAUGUGCAUGAGGCAUUACGUACAAUGACGGGGUAAAGCAGCUGGAAUUGACGGAAUCAUGAGAGAAAUGUUAAAAGUAGGGGGGAUAUAGUAUUGGAGUGGUUGGUAUUUUUGUUUAAUAAAUGUAUGAAAGAGGGGAAGGUACCUAGGGAUUGGCAGAGAGCGUGUAUAGUUCCUUUAUAUAAAGGGAAGGGGAACAAAAGAGAUUGUAAAAAUUAUAGGGUAAUAAGUUUACUGAGUAUAUCAGGUAACGUGUUAUUAUUGAAAGAAUUAGAAGUUAAACAGAGAGUAGGAUUGCAGAUGAGCAAGGAGGCUUUAGAGUGGGUAGGGGAUGUGUAGAUCAAGUGUUUACAUUAAAGCAUAUAUGUGAACAGUAUUUAGAUAAAGGUAGGGAAGUUUUCACUGCAUUUAUGGAUUUAGAAAAAGCAUAUGAUAGUGUGGAUAGGGGAGCAAUGUGGCAGAUGUUACAUGUGUAUGGAAUAGGUAAUAAGUUACUAAAUGCUGUGAAGAGUUUUUAUGAGGAUAGUGAGGCUCAGGUUAGUGUGUGUAAGAGAGAGGGAGAUUACUUCUCGGUAAAAGUAGGUCUUAGACAGGGAUGUGUAAUGUCACUAUGGUUAAUAUAUUUAUAGAUGGGGAUGUAAAAGAAGUAAAUGCUAGGGUGCUGGGGAGAGGGGUGGGAUUAAAUUAUGGGGUAUCAAGCAAAAAAUGGGAGUUGACACAGUUACUUUUUGCUGAUGAUGCUGUACUUAUGGGAGAUUCUAAAGAAAAGUUGCAAAGGUUAGUGGACGAGCUUGGGAGGGUGUGUAAAGGUAAAAAGUUGAAUGUGAACAGAGAUAAGAGUAAGGUGAUGAGGGUAAUCAAAUGAUUUAGAUAAAAACAAAUUGGAUAUCACAUUGGAGAGAGGGAAUAUGGAAGAAGUGAAUGUUUUCAGAUAUUUGGGAGUUGACGUGUCAGUGAAUGGGUUUAUGAAGGAUGAGGUUAAUUAUAGAAUUGAUGAAGGAAAAAAGGUGAGUGGUGUGUUGAGGUAUAUGUGGAGACAAAAAACGUUAUCCGUGGAGGCAAAGAAGGAAAUGUAUGAAAGCAUAGCGGUACCAACACUCUUAUAUGGGUGUGAAGCUUGGAUUGUAAAUGCUGCAGCAAGGAGGCAGCUGGAGGCAGUGGAGAUGUUCUGUCUCAGGGCAAUGUGUGGUGUAAAUAUUAUGCAGGGAAUUCGGAGUGUGGAAAUUAGGAGAAGGUGUGGAGUUAAUAAAAGUAUUAGUCAGAGGGCUGAAGAAGGGUUGUAGAGGUGGUUUGGUCAUUUAGAGAGAAUGGAUCAAAGUAGAAUGACUUGGAGAGUGUAUAAAUCUGUAGGGGAAGAAAGACGGGGAAGGGGUCGUCCUCGGAAAGGUUGGAAGGAGGGAGUAAAGGUUUUAUGGGCAAGGGGCUUGGACUUCCAGCAAGCGUACAUGAGUGUGUUAAUAACAAAAAAGGCGCAAUACCGUGACUGGAACGAUACACAAAUA